AUGGCUACCGGAAAAUACAGUUGCCUACUUCUUUUGGCGUUCGUUGCAGUAGCAGUACUGCCAGUCACUCUCCUCUUCCUCAGUUUCACUUCCAUUAGUCACAUUUGGGAAAUCGAAGGCACCAUCCUAAACUAUUUAUUGAGAAGCCACAGUAGAAUACCUUCGAACAAUAAUAAUGUCACAAACUUUGACAAGGCCAACAUCGUGAAUGAGAUUAGUCCAAACCUAACAACAUGCCACGAUUCCUAUGGUCGUCCCGACCUCCUAGUUAACUGUUGCCCUCCACUCUCUGGCGAAGCUUCUGCUGUGCCCAUCGAUUUCCAAUACCCUUUGCAACCCUCGACACUUCGAGUCCGUCGCUCAGUCCACCACCUAGACAGUGCUUAUAUUGCCAAAUACACCAAAGCUCUCGCCAUAAUGAAGUCCCUUCCCCAUAGCGACCCUCGAAGUUUCACUCGUCAAGCUUCAAUUCACUGCACCUUUUGCACCGGUGCAUAUGACCAGAAACACUCGUCUGCCACCGUCAAUAUCCAUCGUCAGUGGCUGUUCUUCCCUUUCCACCGCAUGUACCUCUAUUUUCACGAGCGAAUUCUUGGCAGUCUAAUAGGAGACGAAAAUUUUGCCUUGCCAUUUUGGAAUUGGGAUAACCCUGAGUCCAUGGUUUUUCCGAAGAUGUUUCAUGAAGGACCUUUCUAUGAUUCACAACGAGAACCUACUCAUUUCGAUCAGAUUGUUGACUUGAACUAUGACGAAGAGGUGGGAAUUGUGUCUAGAGGAGAAGAGCAAGUUAACUCCAAUUUGGCAUUUAUGUAUAACCAAGUCAUCUCCUCAGCAAAGAAGCCUGAACUGUUUAUGGGCUGCCCUUUGUAUCCCGGUGACGACGGGUUUUGCGAUGGGCCUGGUACUGUCGAGUUGGCACCACACAAUACUGUUCACACAUGGGUUGGGCUUGGAUCGAAUCCUGGCCAGGAACACAUGGGAGCUUUCUACUCGGCAGGUUUUGACCCAUGCUUCUAUUCGCACCAUGCAAAUCUUGAUCGAAUUUGGGAUAUUUGGAGGGAUAUUCAUGAUAUGCACAUGCCUAUAAAUGAUACUGUUUGGCUCAAAUCUCAUUUCUACUUCUACGAUGAAAAUCUUCAACUAGUCAAGAUAAAAGUUUCUGAUGUUUUGAACAUUACGAAGCUGGGGUAUACUUACGAGAAGACUGAUCUUACAUGGCUAAACAAAGUCCCUAAGCCCUUUGUUUCGCCACAAAUUGCCAAACAUAAAUUGAAAAUCCGAGAGAAUUACUAUAAGGAAACUUCAAGGCAACAUUUGUUGAGAAGUAAACUAGAGGGUCGAAGUCUCGAAAAUCCAAUGACAAUAAAGGUUUCUAGGCCGAAACCUUAUCGGUCUAAGGAGGAGAUCAAAGAAGAGGAGGAGGUCCUUGUUGUUUAUGGAAUCAAGAUUAAAGGAGAUAUGAAAGUGAAGUUUGAUGUGUACGUGAAUUUAGUAAAUGAGACGAAUGUGGGGCCAACUUACAGAGAAUUUGCUGGAACUUUUAUUCGUUUACCAGAUGUGAUGAUGAGGUCUACGACAAGUGAGGAAAAUCAAAAGUCUAGUAUGAAAUUAGGAAUAUCAGAACUAUUGAAUGAUUUGGAAGCAGAUAGAGAUGAAAGUAUUUGGGUGACACUUUUGCCUAGAACUACCUCAUGUGCCAAAACCACAUUUGAUGGAGUUCGAAUUGAUUACAUGAGAUAGAUGAUUAGUUACUUGGGGUAUUUUCUACAGUGUCAU